AUGGCGUCUAAGAAACUGAUCAUUCCCAUACUUCUUUUGUCGGCGAUUCAGGCCUCUGCAGCACCGGCCCCGCAAGCUACUUCCGGUGCUCAGCCAAUAUCAUUCACGGCGAAUCCCAAUGUUGGGCCCGGCGGAGCGAGCUACAAGGAUUCCGACCACUUCCGCCUCUAUUUAUCGGACCAGAGCAAUGCAGACGCGGUUUUGACCAUGUUGGAAGCUGCCUAUAGUUGCUUUGUCGGUGACCUCGGGUGGACGACUUCGGGGAUGUCAUAUAACGCGGACCCCAACACAGUGACGACCCUGUGGAAGGAAAAUGUCUACGAAGUAAGUGAUCUGGGCGGGGCGGCAGGCGUACUGAAGUCUGACCCCAACACCGGUCUCAGCUGGCUGGAGGUGAUUCCAUCUUCCCUCGCGGAUCCGCGAGUCACCGUCCAUGAGUAUGGCCAUGCCCUCACCUAUCACAGUCGGACCUGGGUGGACCAGACUGCGACCGGUGCAUGGUGGGAAACGCUCGCCAAUUGGGUGGCAGAUACCUUCAUCACCUCUCCACUAUGUGCGAAGGCACGGUCCAACUACAACCAACCGACCGGUGAUACCAUGAUCGAGCUGAACAAAGUGAUCGGAGAUUCCUUCCAGGUCAUCGUGGAUGGCUCAACGGGCAGUGGGAACUACUACCAGGCGUGGCCGUUCUUGACAUAUUUGACCAACAACCCGGACAACUAUGAGGGCCUGGGCAGCGAUGUGGUUCGCCAGCUGUUCCAACAAUAUGACAAGGGCAGCAAUGAGACGCCUCUCCAUACCCUUGCGCGCGUUGCGACGUCCGCAUCCGUGCAGGAGAUUGUCGGUCGCUAUUGGGCUCGCAUGGCUUAUGUGGACAUCGGCCACACAAUUGCGCAGCAGGCAUUCCUCAGCCAAAGGAGCGACCUCAACUACGCGAACACUGACUCCCAAGGCGAUGGCACCUAUGUGGUCCAGUCUUCUCGCAAGCCUCAGUACAUGGGUGCCAACAUCAUCCCCCUCCGUAGCACCGGAGCUGGCAACGUUCAAGUGAGCAUUACCGCCAGCGGAGUAUUCACCGCAACGCUGGCCAUCCACAACACCAACACAGGCGCUGUUCGGUAUGUCGCGCUCGAGAAUGGGUCGGGCUCGGCUGUGGUUGCCAGCAAUGAAGAAGCCAGCGUGGUGAUUGCCAACACCCCCAAGACACUCUACCAGUAUGACGCCUUCCAGCUCACCGAGGAGGUGCAGCAAGGGCUAGACUACACCCUCAAGAUCUCUGGGGCCACGGCGUAA